CGAAAGCAAGACGUGCGUAUUGUACUGGGUGAUUUAUACCCAUUACCAUAAAACUAGUUUUUAGUACACAGACUAUUGUAAUUUGUUAAUAAAUAGACAGAAUAGUGUAUUGGUAUAGUUUUGAAGUGUAGUUUUAGAAGGAUCUUAACGUGUAUCUUACGUAAGUGGUUUUAAAUCGGCGCGCGGCGUGAACCGGCGGCGCACGGCCGCCAUUGUUGAUUAUUGAUCUCAUCAUUUCACCAAACUACUCAUCACCAUGGCGAGUUCAUCAUCAAAGAAACAAACAAUGAUGUUUGGAUUUUGCGAAGCUUUAUUAGAAGAAGAUACGAGCAACUAUGACUGCAAUAACGAUGAUUAUCCCCAUCAUAUGGGAGGAUGCGCUGAUAGUGACACAGAACAGGAACUAAGUGAUGACGAUGGACAUCGUGAUGGACAUGUAUUUGUACAAGAAACUGAGGAUGAUACUAUCUACACAGGCAAAGAUGGCACAACAAUAUGGUAUUCCAAUCCCAACCAAGCCAACGUCGAACACCUGUCCAUUAAACCAUCCAUACCAGGUGUAAACCCAUUCGCAAGAAAUGCCAAAACAGAAGUAGAAUGCUGGAACUUAUUCUUCAACGAUGAUAUACUUGAGGAUAUUCUUAAUUACACUAACGAGGAAAUUAAUUCCAAGACGUAUGCAGAAAAUCAUAACACACGAGUCCAUAUUGUGAAGGAAACGUCUAUGGAUGAGAUAAUGGCUUUACUUGGGCUCAUGUAUAUCACUGGGCUAAAUAAUUCUACUGGUUACAACUUAACUGAUUUGUGGCGAUCAGACGGUACGGGUGUCGAUAUUUUUAGAAUGACAAUGUCUUUGCAACGUUUCAAUUUCCUCCAAGGCUGUUUGCGUUUUGAUGAUGCUGCAACUCGCGCACAGAGAUCCGCAGUAGAUAAUAUUGCCCUUGUCAGAGCCAUAUUUGAUAAAUUCGUUGGAAACUGCCAGAAAGUGUAUAAUCCAAAUCAUUUUCUCACAUUAGAUGUAAAGUAUAUACCGUUUCGAGGCGAAUGUCCUUUCCGGCAGUUUAUGCCAAAGACUUCAGCAGCCUAUGGAAUUAAAAUGUACUCAUUGGUAGAUGCUAAAGAUUUUUAUACUAUCAACAUGGAAAUAAAUGCAGGUAAUCAGCCAUCUGGACCGUAUGUAACAAGCUAUGAACCUGUGGACAUAGUUGAUAGAUUAGUAAGACCAGUCAGUAAUACUGGUAGAAAUAUAACCUUUGACAAUUAUUUCACAAGUAUACCCCUAGUCACAUAUUUACUACAAGAGCAUAUGCUUACCUGUACAGGAGCGUUGAGGAAGAAUAAAAAAGAAAUCCCCUUCAGCUUUUUAACAACCCAACCCAGAGGUGUAGGAUCUUCACGAUUUGGUUUCCAGAAACAUAUGACUUUGGUAUCCCAUGUGCCAAAAAAAUCCAAAAUUAUUCUUUUGCUUUCUUCUUAUCACCAUGACAAGACUUUUGAUCUCAAAGGUGGUGACAAACCGAAGCCAGAAAUCAUAUCAUUUUACAAUGCUACAAAAACUGGCGUGGAAAAUGUUGACAAGCUGUGCAAAAUGUAUGACGUCAGGAACUAUUGUAAAAGCUGGCCGAUCUUGAUACUCUUCACAAUGCUCAAUAUAGCUGCAUUGAACAGUUACAUUGUGUAUAUGGCAAACAAUGACAAUCCUAAGUUGAGAAGAUCUGAGUAUGUUAGGAAACUCGGUUUAGCUCUGGUCAAGCAACAUUUGAAGACGAGAACGGAUAAAAAUAAUUUGCCUCGGGAACUACGAAAGAGGAUAUUUGAACAAGUGGGUGAAACGCUUCUUGAUCCUCCUGCGAGUGAUGUGAAGCCGUACAAACGUUGCCGAGAUUGUCCAUCUUCCAAAGAUCGGAAGACUAAAUACUGUUGUCUUGAAUGCAAGAAGCCAAUAUGCUUGCAACAUGUCAUUACUAUGUGUCAAAAUUGUACUUCUCUUGCUAUUGAUUAGUUUCAAUAUUUAUCUCAAUAGUAUCUAGACAAAUAAAUUUGUCAAAGUUUGAAGUUCAUUAAAUACAUGUAAUAUUACUA